UUCGUUCAAAACACGAAACAGAGCAUUUAAUGUUUAUUGAUAAAAUAGAAAAUAUUGAUGAAAUUAUUAAUGAUAUUAAUCUAGCUAUAGAACGCAACAUUUCACUGUAUAAAUGUGGUCAACAUCAACAAUUCGAACAAUUUUUGAAUAAAGUUUCGAAUAAUUUGACAAUAAGUGCAAAAAUGUCUGUAAUCGAAGUUUUGAUCACCCUUUUUCUUGAGAAUACAAAUCAGCUUUAUAGUAUCUCUCCGGAAACGAGUCAGACAGAGCUACUGAUUAGAUCAGUCAUCCAUACUAUUGCACUUCAUUCUUGCAUUCCUGCAUCAAGUCCUCCAUUGGCCGCAUAUUUACAAACUUUGAGGGCUUAUCGCCAUGAUUUGUUUAGCAACCCAGAGCAGCAUAACGAAAUAAUUCAAGAACCUUUAGUUCAUUGUCAAAAAAACGAAUUUGCACAACAUUGGAUUAAUCCAAAAGUUGUUAAUGCUCAAAUGAUUAAAGAUUCUCAACGUACACUCGAAAACGAAAUCAAUAAAACUUUGGAUGUUGAUGAAAAAUAUCAACUUAAUUUUCAUCCACGAAUUUGGAGACGUGUUG